GAGCCGCCGCAGCCCUCCCCGCCGGCCUCGGGGCCCCCUGGGCGCCGGGCUCGGCGCUGGCUGCAGAACCUCCCCGCCGCGCGCCCCAGCCGGAACAUGGCUGCGCGCCCCGCCGCCACCCUCGCCUGCUCGCUGCUGCUUCUGUCCUCGGCCCUGCUCCGCGGCGGCUGCCGGGCGCACUUGACCGCUGAGCCGGACUCAGAGCACGAGGAGGCGGUUUUGCCAGAGUCGCCCCUGCAGAGACCCACGGUGCUGGUGGCCAUCCUCGCCCGCAACGCUGCGCACACGCUGCCUCACUUCCUCGGCUGCCUGGAGCGGCUGGACUACCCCAAGAGCAGGACGGCCAUCUGGGCAGCCACUGAUCACAAUGUGGAUAAUACAACCGAAAUACUCAGGGAGUGGCUGAAAAAUGUACAAGGACUCUAUCACUAUGUGGAGUGGAGGCCGAUGAAUGAACCAGAGUCUUAUCCUGAUGAGACUGGGCCCAAGCACUGGCCAAGCUCCCGGUUUGCCCAUGUCAUGAAACUCCGACAGGCGGCCCUUCGAACUGCGCGGGAGAAAUGGUCAGACUACAUUCUGUUCAUAGAUGUCGACAACUUCCUGACUAACCCACAGACUCUGAACCUAAUGAUUGCAGAAAACAAAACCAUUGUGGCACCCAUGCUGGAGUCUCGGGGCCUGUACUCUAACUUCUGGUGUGGAAUCACACCUCAGGGCUUCUAUAAACGGACCCCAGACUACCUUCAGAUUAGAGAAUGGAAGAGGAUGGGCUGCUUUCCUGUCCCCAUGGUCCACUCCACCUUCCUAAUUGACCUCAGGAAGGAGGCCUCUGACAAGCUGACCUUCUACCCCCCACACCAGGACUACACCUGGACUUUUGAUGACAUCAUCGUCUUUGCCUUCUCCAGCAGGCAAGCAGGCAUUCAGAUGUACCUCUGCAACAGACAGCACUAUGGCUACCUGCCUAUCCCCCUGAAGCCCCACCAGACACUGCAGGAGGACAUCGAGAACCUCAUCCACGUGCAGAUAGAAGCAAUGAUUGACCGUCCUCCAAUCGAACCCUCCCAGUUUGUGUCAGUGGUCCCUAAGUAUCCAGACAAGAUGGGAUUUGACGAGAUCUUCAUGAUUAACCUCAAACGCAGAAAGGACAGGCGGGACCGGAUGCUGCGCACACUUUAUGAGCAGGAGAUCGAGGUCAAGAUUGUGGAGGCAGUGGACGGGAAGGCACUCAACACAAGCCAGCUGAAGGCCUUGAACAUUGAAAUGCUGCCAGGUUAUCAAGAUCCCUACUCCUCCAGGCCUUUAACCAGAGGUGAAAUUGGCUGCUUUCUUAGCCAUUACUCUGUCUGGAAAGAGGUAAUUGACCGAGAACUGGAGAAGACUCUUGUUAUUGAGGAUGAUGUGCGUUUUGAACAUCAGUUCAAGAAGAAGCUGAUGAAGCUGAUGGAUGACAUCGAUCGGGCUCAGCUGGACUGGGAAUUGAUAGCCGAGUACAAGGAGUAUUAUGAAUCCAGGGACUUGAAAGCCUUCUCUGCAGAACCCUUGCUCAUCUACCCCACGCACUACACAGGCCAGCCAGGCUACUUGAGUGAUACAGAGACGUCAACCAUCUGGGACAACGAGACAGUGGCAACUGACUGGGACAGGACACAUUCCUGGAAGUCACGGAAGCAAGGUCACAUCCACAGCAACGCCAAGAAUACAGAGGCACUGCCGUCACCAACUUCUCUGGACACUGUGCCCUCAAAGGACGAGCUCUAACAGUUUUCUGAAGCUGGGCCCACACUGGUUCAUCGCUGUUUGGGUUUUCAUCUGUUUGCUCCAGGUUUUUUUGGUGAUCACAAUCAUCUAACCAAAGUGGUCCAAUCUGAUUGAUCAAAUUAAUAUAUUUUUGAUGGGGGAAGGGGAUAGAGAAAUUAAACUCAAAUUUUCUACUAUGGCUAAAAGAUAGGCCUUAUGGGAACUACUAAGUUAAACUUCAGUCCAUAUACCCAAUUCUUUGGCUCACUGGCCACCCAGUAACACUCACUGCCCACAUUAGGGUGGCAGCAUGCUCAGAAUCUUGUCCAAGAGGCAGAUUCACCAAGCUGUCACAUCAGUAAAUGGGUAGUCAGAGAAAUCAAGCCAGCUGGACCACAUUUAAUGGUCUGGUUUGUCUGAUGUGACAGAUGUGACCUGAAAAGUCCAACCCAACAAGACUACGUUCACUGGCCUAGUUGGUCCAUUUUAGGUGGCCUUGAAAACUUGUGCAUGUAACAAGUUUUGUUUUGUUGUUUUGUUUUUGAAUGACGGAAUCAAACCAUUUAAAAUUACAUUAAUUGGGCUUUUUCUUUAAAGGAAUUCUAUCAUGAACCUUAUUAUAAAGUGGGGUUUUUUAUUGUUAGCCUUAUUUGUCCGAUAGAGAUGGUAAUCGAGUCUGGGUGAGGCAUGACCCUUGACCAGCAUGGCAACUGGGCUCUCAUAAAAAUGUGUCCAGUUUUCCAUGUGACUGUAAUAUGGUAGGUAGAUACUGAGGGGCUUAUAUGGCUGUUUGAGGUAAAAAAGAACUCAACCUUUGGCCUUUUUUAUUGUGGCCACUUGAGCCAGGAUGCUGUAUUUAUAAAGAUAAAUGUAAUAUAUACCGGGAAGAGCAGGGGGAGUCCUGCCCCGUCCUGAGGUUCAUAUGCUGCCAUGGCACUUCACAUCCUCCUCGCCACCCCUUAGCCUGAAAAUGAACUGCAGGUGUGAGGUUUCUGGGUUCUUGUUAAUAGACGAGCACAUUUCCAGGCCAGCAACUACCCCUUCCCUGGUUGUUCAUUAUAUCCCGAAUUAUUUAUUUUACAAAAUGGGGGGGAAACAUUUUUGGUAGGAUGAGGCAGAGAAACAGAUGUUGGAAGCUUUUGUUGCACCCCAGGGAGGGGCCAGUCUCAACACAUUUGUUCCACCAUCUGAGUCUCCUGAAUCUCCCGGCCUAGCUCUUGCACAGAGGCCUGUCUGGGGAUUCUGACCAUCUGGAAACAAAUUAUGCUGCACUUAAAGAGAGAGACUUUGGCCAGAAACAAUGGACUAGACCACAGAUUUAGGCCAACAACCAGGGACGCAAGCUCUUGGAGCCAAAAUCCUAAGCAGACACCCUUUCUCAAAAGAUGUCCUCUGAAAUUCCUGUUUUGUUUGUAGAUUGGUUUUAUGUAAAAUUCAGGCUUGGACCAUGUGAUCACAUCCAGAUCCACUCACUGUCUGGUGUCCUAGGAUAUCUCACGAUGGUUGGCCUCAGCCAUCACCUUCCUUCCUGGUUUAUUGCUGAUAUUCUUCUCCGCUGACUAAGAAGCCAGGAGGCUGAGGAAAGGAGUGUUGCUCAACUCCAGUUUUUACUACUUGGACAGAAUUGUCACAGCUUGACUCUUCUAGAAAAACAGGAAAAGCACCUAGGGAGCUAGUGAAAAAUCCUUAGGUAAUUCCUAAGGUUUCCUUGCGUAGCUGGUAUAGCUGAUAUUUUGUUUGCAUAUUUGAGUGUGUGCAAGUGUGCUUGGUUUUAAUUUUUUUAAAUGGGGUGUUGGGAGUAGAGGGAGACUGAGUUGAUUUUUGUGUUGUUUUGUUUAGUAGAGACUUUUUUUCCCUUUUUUCCCGUCAGCUGGUCUGACGAGUUUAAGAAUUUUCAUUCCUUAAAUACAUUGGAUUUAAAUUCUGGAGUUUUAGACUAGGAUUGUUCUACUGUGAAUAAAGCUCUGGCUCUGUCAGCCCAGGCGUUGCUUUUCCCCACUCAGGUCUGCAUCCCAAGGAAUGUUCUUUUCUUAUGAACUUUGUAAACUGCAGAUCUAGUAUUUUUUUUACAAAAUCAUCUCUUUAGCAAUCCAAAGGUUCUUUGACCUUUUUAUUUGUUCUGCCUCCUUUCUGGUCUUAAACCAAGACAUCUGCCCUGUGCAGUUUCACACGAGGCCAUCAGUACAGAGCCUUUGCCCCUGGCCUUGGCACCUGCUCUCUCUGCCUCAGGUUAAACCCAUCUGGAUUCCCCUCAGGAUCCAAGGUGGGACCUCUGGACAGACAAGCCUGACGUGAGCAGCAGUGGUGCUCUUGGAUGUGACCUGAGCACCUACAAUUUGCAGAGAAGCUGCUGAUGGGCCUUACUUUGGGUUCCUUUGGUCUUCCGCGGGAAUCCUGGAGAUCGGGAGCUGAUGUCCCACACCCUGCUUUGUCCAUCUUGCUAUGCUAUUUCAGUGUGUAAGAGUGAUAAAGUAUUUAUUUGCCUUUUGGAGCUCUUUGUGAAAAAUUAAAAAAUACUUAGCUCAAAGUUAUGAUUGGUCAUUGGUUGUUCAAACACUGGUCAAUGGCCAACACUGCUGGGAUUUCUGAGUUUGCACUAGACUGGGGUGUGGGAAGCCAGAGAGUGCAGGAGGGCUGGGCAUGGUAGGUAAGGAAGCUUUUCAGGCUUAGAGAAAAGACGACUGUGCAAAGAUCGAUCUGGAAACGAUGGGGACUCAGUAGGAGAGAAGAGCUAUGGACAUGUUGGGACUGGUGAUGGGAAACAAGAGAGACUAGAUAAUAAUGCCAAACUGAGUUGGCUACCUUCCUUCUGUGGGCUGAUCCUAAAAUACACUGGCCAUUGUUUCUAGGGGAAUUCUAGGUUGGGUUACUUUCCUGAAAGAUAAUGCAGAAGUUCUCAGUCCUAUGAUAUCAAAAACAAAGUUUCCCAUUCAGCUGCAAACUUAGAAAUCUAAUGAUUAUUCAUUUAUGUUGGAACAAAUCCCUUCAACUGAUGACUCGAAAAUAAAGAUAACUCUACAAUGUGGUUUGGGGACAUUCUCUCCAGCUAGAUGAAGGGGAAAGAAACGAUCAGAAAUAAUUUCCAUGACUGACAAGGAAACAAUGCAUUAAGGCGUUAAAUAACGUCAAAGUGAAGCUGAAAUGAGGGUGAUAAUUUGAGAAGAAAUGAGCAACAUACUCAGACAACUAAGGGGAAGCAACUUGGGAAUCAUCGGCAGGCCCAGGGUAUGCUUUGUGGUGAUGUUUGUUACUGCAGAGAGAACCCUUGCAGAACAGAGAUGUUCUGAUCCAGGUGGAGGGAGGAGAGCUGGAGGGGAUGUGGAGGAACGGGGUCCCCUGGGAGCUACCAUGGCACUGCAGGGCAACUGAGACAAGGACUACACUUCUGGCCAAGCUUUACUGUUUGCCUGCUUGGAAAAGAAGUAAAUGAUGGUAAGUUUUAGCACUUUAUGUUACAAAAGAUGGCAUGGAGCGGAGUGGAUUGACACGUGCCUGCUAUGCCAGCGCUCUAGGAGGCUGAGUCAGGAAGAUCCUAAAUUUGAGCCCAGCCCGGACAACUUAGUGACUUAGCAUGAUCCUGUUUCAGAAUUUCAAAAUCUUGAAGAGAGGUUGGGAUAUAGCUCGGUGUCAAGGCUCUUGGGUUUGAUCUCCAGCACCAGAAAAAAAAUUACAUGGAAAAUAGUACCUCCUCUUAUGAUAAGGACAGAAAAAGAGGAUUUAGAUGAGUCCUCAGGAAGAAUUUAUUGACAGAAGUAUUAGACAUGGAAUGGAAUCCCAAGGCAAGGGUAGCUCCAUUCACAUUUGUCACUGGGCAGAACGGCUCUCUGUCUGCUCUGUGAGUUUGCCUAAAGUGGCCUGUUGGGAGCAAUGCUACAUAAUUCUAGGGAUAAAUCAUUUGGUUAGCCUAGUUCUCUUGCCUACAGCCCAGCUACAGAAUAACUCCAGUUUGGCCUCCGGUCACAACUGAGACUUCAGGGAUCCAGUG